AUGAACUUUAGCAGCCAACAUAAACUUGAAAAAUCAAAGCCUCUUCAGAUUCAUGAGGAUUCACCAUCAGCUCGAGAGAAGCUCAUUAUUGUGAUCCUGGGAAUCAUCUGUUUUGUCUUGAUGUAUACCAUAGUGAGAGUGAUAACUUUUAUUCCACGUAACCAAAUAUCAGAACAGAAUAAGUCCUCUCAGGUAAUAAAGCUCCAGAAAGAAUUUCAUUGUGGUGGUUGUCCAAAAGAGUGGUUUACAUAUUCCAACAAUUGCUAUUCUAUUAGUUUGGGAAAAGAAACAUUGAAUGCGAGUUUGAUGUCCUGCUCUACUAAGAAUUCUACUCUGCUUUACAUAGAUAAUGAAGAGGAAAUGAAAUUUCUGAUGUCCCUAUCAAUUAUGUCGUGGAUUCCAGUCUUUCGUGAAGGUCGUGGUCAACCAUGGAUGUGGCAAAAUGGUUCAAUUUUCAAACUAAAUAUAACAGACUAUUUACCUGAUGAACAUAAGUGUGCUGUACUAUCCUUAUGGGGCAUAAAAGCAGAAGACUGUCAGAUUCCAAAUGCAUAUAAUUGCAAGCAUAAGCUUGAGAAUUAAAAAGUGAGUUUGGAUGCUGUUGAGUAACUUUAUCUUUUAGAAAAGGAAAUAUUGUUAUGAUUACAUAAAUUUUGAAAUGAAUU